AAUGCAAUAUUAUUUGUAUAAGCGGCCAAGAUGUCAGCUGCGAAGUUUGUUUCUGCGUCCGUUCGUGCCGUCUCAAAAAUGCGAUUGAUUCCCACCAGAGCUGCAUUGACAUUGACUCCUACUGCAGUGCAAAAGGUGAAGGUGCUCAUGAAAGAAAGACCUGAGAUGGUUGGUCUAAAGAUCGGAGUGCGGACAAGAGGUUGUAAUGGUUUAUCAUAUACCUUGGAGUACUGCAAUGAGAAGGGGAAGUUCGAUGAGGAGGUGCAUCAAGACGGUGCAAAGAUAAUCAUAGAUUCAAAAGCUCAGCUCUCAGUACUGGGAACAGAAAUGGACUAUGUUGAAACGCCUUUAGCUUCAGAAUUUAUAUUCAACAACCCAAAUAUCAAAGGAACUUGUGGAUGUGGAGAAAGUUUUAAUUUAUAACAUAUUAUGUGUUCGUAGGUGACACAAACAUUAGAGGGAAAUGCAAUGCCUCAGUUGACACUUUCAUGACAGCCAUGUAAAGUAACCAAGCGUUGUUAUGCUGUACAGGGUAAUGUGAAGAACUAUCAAGGUUCUUGAUGGGAGUUGGUCAGGAAAAAUGUUGGAUAUGUAACUGUACAUGUCCAUAUAUAGUUUGUAGGAUUGCUCUAUUUAUGACAGUUUCGAGAAAAAUUUGAAACAUUUGGGAAAGCACAUGUGUGUGUCUUAGCAAUUUAAUGAUAUGUGAAUGAUUAUCAUGGUUGACUGCUGGGCUGUGACUAUUUGCUGGGAAAAUACUGUGAUAGGAAACUUUUCAUAGCCAUCUCAUUUCAAUUUUUUUCUCUAGAACAAGGUGACAGACAUUGAUCCACUGCGCUAAUCCGACAGCCAAUGUUAUUUUGUAAUGUACAUUGUGUACUUUUGUUGAGGCAUCCUGAAAAGACACUUCUUUUUUUUUUAGAUGAUACUUCAACACUUCCUAAUUUAUUGCGCAUGAUAACAAUUACAUGACAUGGGUCUUGUAUGAUAAUUGAGACGAAUGAAGGCAUAAUGUCUUGGCAGCCUGUGAAUACUCCACAACACAUGAUACAUACCCGGUACAUCGUGUAUCUGUUCUAAUUUAUUCAAAUGAUUUUGACUAGAAGGGUAAAGUAAGCAACAGUGAGAUUCAUGAAAUUGAUAAAACGGUUGGUCAGCUUAGCGAGAGUACAUCAGCAAUUGUAGCCUGUAUUGUAAAUAUUGUGGUGGCAUUGUUGGCUAGUGUUGCCAGAAGUUUGUGCCGCAGAGCCCAAAGUGUUGCAAACAAAGAAUAACACAAUAUAUAGCCUAUAGAAAAAGCAAAAAUUUGUAUAUAUAGCUCAAUGUAUGUUGAUUAAAAUUGAUUGA